AUGAGCGAACCUAAACUUGAGCAGUAUAACGAGAAACUGCCCACUCUAUACGAUGGGCUCAAAUCAUUCACAUCGUUCGAUGAUGCUUCUUCUGUCUCGGACAAAUCAUCAAAGUCAACGGCUACGAAGGUGCUGCAGAGCUACUUUCCAUUCUUGGAUUGGCUGCCACGAUACAACUUGACAUGGUUUAUCGGUGAUCUUGUUGCUGGACUUACAAUAGGUGCUGUUGUGGUGCCUCAAGCAAUGUCAUAUGCAAAGCUCGCUAAUCUGGCUCCUCAAUUUGGACUUUACUCUGCCUUUGUUGGUGUGUUGAUGUACUUCUUCUUUGCUACUAGCAAGGAUAUCACUAUUGGGCCCGUUGCUGUGCUGUCUCAACUGGUUGGAUCAAUCAUAUUACAAGUCGCCGCAACAAACCCUCAAUACUCGGCCAUCACUGUAGCUGCUGCGCUCUCCAUUACCGGUGGUCUUAUCGUCUUUGCGAUGGGAGUUCUACGGUUAGGUUUCUUGGUCGACUUUAUUCCUCUCCCAGCCAUCUCUGCAUUCGUCACGGGAGCUGCUCUUAAUAUUGGUAUGGGACAGUUUCCAGCUCUUGUUGGUAUAAGUUCGUUGUUUGAUACUCGCGCUGCUACGUAUCAAGUGUUUAUCAACUUCUUCAAGUUUCUUCCCAACGCUACUCUGGACUCAGCAUUGGGUGUCUCAGCUCUCGUAAUGCUUUACCUCAUCCGAGGCAUCUGUGGCUUCAUCGGCAGACGAUACCCUCGAUACGAACGAACUACCUUCUUCAUCUCCACACUUCGAUCCGUAUUCGUGAUAUUAUUAUACACCAUGAUCUCAUACCUCCUCAACCGUGGUCUCACCAAGCCCCGAACAAGUAUACUUGGAACCGUCCCCUCAGGUCUUCAAAACGUCGGUGUACCAGCCAUAGACUCCAAUCUCCUAUCCGUAGUCGCACCCUUCUUACCUAGUGUAGUCAUUGUCAUGUUGAUUGAGCACAUCGCUAUUGCCAAAGCCUUUGCUAGAAUCAACCAGUAUACCAUAAAUCCAUCUCAAGAGCUGAUUGCUAUCGCUGUUACAAAUAUCUUUGGACCAUUCUUUGGUGCUUAUCCUGCUACGGGAUCCUUCUCUAGAACUGCUAUUAAGGCUAAAGCUGGUGUUAGGACUCCAUUGGCUGGUGUAAUUACUGGUGCUGUGGUCAUUUUGGCUAUUUACUUGUUGCCACCAAUGUUUUACUGGAUUUCGAAUGCUGCCUUGGCUGCUAUUAUUAUUCAUGCUGUUGGAGAUUUGAUUACUGCUCCCAAAGUGCUCAUUGAGAUCUGGAAGGUCGAUCCUAUUGAACUGGUUGUCUUCUUUGUUGGUGUAGUGGUCAGUGUUUUCACAACCAUCGAAAACGGUAUCUACGCCAGUAUUGGUGCCGCAGGUGCUGUCCUACUCUACCGUAUGGCCAAUCCAAAAGGUGUCUUCCUUGGACGAGUCAAGACAUACCACAUCAGCCCUGAUACUCCAGAUGAAGCAUCGAAUACACACUAUGUCUGGGUGCCAUUGGAUCAUUCUGGAUCACACCCAGAAGCCUUCAUUGAGGCACCACCUGCUGGUGUCUUUGUGUAUCGGUUGACUGAAGGAUUUAUAUAUCCAAAUGCAAGCACAGUCCUAGACCGUCUCGUCGCAUACCUAAAAGCAAACACCAAAACCGGAACAGCUGUAUCAACUUCAGUCGGAUCUCGACCAUGGAAUGAUCCCGGCCCACGUAAAGGACAAGCCGUCUCUGAUAAACCCUUAUUACGUGCCGUCAUCAUCGACCUCACUGGUAUCUCCCGAGUCGACUUUACAGCCUCUCAAGCACUCGUAGAUGUAGGACGAGCACUAGACAGAUACGCAGACCGACAUGUUGAAUUCCAUUUCGUUGGUAUCUCGUCUGGAUGGAUUAAGCGGGCUCUGGUGGCUACGAACUUUGGUGGUAGUGUGGUGAAUAUACCUGUUGAAGGUAGUCCUUCGUUUACGGUUGCUGCACAAAGUGUGGAAGGGGGUGAUAAGCUGGUUCCGAUAUCGGAUACCAGUCGGCCAUUCUUCCAUAAUAAUAUUGAUGAUGCUCUGGAGGCUGUUGAGAGGGUGUUGAAGCAAAGUGAGCAGACUGAUGCUAAAACGGAUAAGACAUUAUUGAAUGUUUGA